AUGAGUAAAGUCAAUCAAGAGUCAUUGGAGGGUUACAAUCCUUUUUCUGAUCCUGUCCCAAAAUAUGAAUCUUUAGCACCUGAAAAUAACGAAUCAUCUUCAGAUAAUCGAAAUAAAAAUUAUGUUUUUGAUAUUCCCCCACCACCAAUACCACCUACAGAAAUGUAUUCACCAUAUGCAAAAGCUACAGCUGGUGGUGGUAAUGAAAGCGUCUUAGCUUUGGAACGUAGACAAGCUGAACUUGAAGCUCGUGCAGCCGAAUUAGAUCGUCGAGAAAAAGAACAACAAGCUCGUGCGAAUACAAUUCAUUCAGGUCCAAGUCCACAUAAUUGGCCACCAUUCCCCCCAUUCUGUCCAUGCAAACCAUGUGUUCGACAAGAUUUUGAAAAUGAUAUUCCAUUCGAUUGUCGAUGGAUGGCUAAAAUGGGUUAUGGUAUUUGGUUGGGCUAUGCUAUCUUGUUAGUAUUCAAUAUGUUUGGAGCACUAGGCUACUUUAUUGUUGGUACUGGGGCAGCUGAAGGACCAUUGUUUGGUGCAUCAAUUUUACUAGUGCUUGUUAUGCCACCUGCCAGCUUUUUCGGAUGGCAUCGACCUUUGUAUAAAGCAUUAAGAUCAGAUAGUUCAGCGAAUUAUUUAAUAUUUUUCCUUUUCUUUUCUGGACAAACUAUUAUUAUUUUAAUACAAUGCCUUGGAAUUGAUUAUCUUGGAUCAUGUGGUUGGAUUAAUGGGAUAAAAACUGUAAAUCAUAAUGAUGGUGUUGGUGUUUUAAUGUUAUUGAUUGCUACAAUAUUCAGUAUUCUUGCAGGAUUUUGUAGUUUCUUGUUAUUUAAGGUUCAUAAAUAUUAUCGAUCAUCUGGAGCAAGUUUACAUAAAGCUAAACUAGAAAUGGCUAAUGCAGGAGUAUUUGAACGUUCUGGAGGAUUUGGUGCAAUGCCAUAA